CUACAUAGUGAACAGGUGAAAGUAAAUAUAUCCUCUUUAAAUGCAAUGGGCCAUUCAGGUAAACAUAACCUUAUAGUACAGGUAUUUAUAUCACGUGACUUUCAUACGAGUCACUUGGCGGAUUACCAAAAUGCUUCCAAAAUAACUCGAACAUGGUCUGCUUCGUGUACAUAUAGAUCUUAGCCGGGAAAAUUAUUUCAAUGACAAAAACGUCGGAAGGGAAACUCAUUCAACUUCGAAGACAAGCUAACGCUUGGUCCGGAAUACGGAUAUAAACAGGACAGGUGUGUCAUACACAGGAAAAUUGAUUGUUUCGUCGCACUAACCAUGUGGAUCGGCUGUGUAUAUAUGUGUGUGCAUUCUGAAUGCCUGCUGGUGCUUGCAUAUUGCUAAAUUUAAAUCGUGUGUGUGGAUACAUUUCGACAAAUGGAGGAUCUUAUUUAUUGUUUAUUUCGUCAAUAGUGGAAUUAAAUGUUUUAGAAUAUAAAACAAUGGUUUAGUCGUAAACAAUACGGCACUGUGAUCUGAUAGAUCUAUAUAGGACACCUCUAUAUAUCGGGGGAUUGUAUUGAGGUGACGUUACUAUGAACGCUUUGAUGAAGAUUGAAGAGUUCCACUGUUGACUUGAGCGGGGGAUGGCCAUGCAGAUUGCUGGCACGUGGAUGCAGGACAGUCUUGGACGACAGAUAGAUGGCUAGAGAGGUCACAAGAGGUCAAAGGUAACGAAUGGACAUGGAGUUGCCAAGGCGAUUCUCCGGAGGUCGUCUGAGUCUUAAGGAUGAUUUUGACAUAGAUUUCAAUGAUGCAAGCCGUGCCUCAACUCCGAUGAGCAUACUGAGCUCCAAGUCGGAGGGUCGUCGACGAGAGCGCUCGUCACACCAUCAUACCCCGGAGGACUACAAAAGGAAAAUCGCUCGACUGAAAAGUGAACUUGAGAUGGAAAAAGCAAGAAAUAAACAGGUAUAUCGUGACAAGUCUGUGGAAAUAAAGUUAAUACGAGAGUCGUAUGCUCAGGACCGCAGUCGUGAAUAUCGCGAACUGGAGAAGAAACUCAGUCUAGAAAAACAAAAAGAGGUGGAAAUCUUACAAGAAAACAUAAUCAAACGCAAGGAUGAAGAGUUACAGCAGGUUUUUAGGUAUAAAGAGGAUGAGAUGAGAAAUCUGACAGAAAAACUCCGGAAGGAAAAAGAAACCAAGAGCAUCACAGAGGACAAGAAACGUGAGUACAAGGAAGGGUUAAAAAAGAUGCAAGAAGAAUUACAAAAAAUGAAAGAAGAAAAAGAUAAAAUUGAAAAAGAAUAUAAGAAAAAGUGUGAUGAUGAAAACAAGAAGGAUAAAGAAUUCUCGGAAAUCAAAGAAGGAUAUGAUUCUGAGUUACGGAAAAUUAUAGGUGAAUCAAAAAAGCUUGCUAUGGGAAAUUUACAAAAGCUGAAAAAGGCUGAGAAGGCCUUAGUGAAUGAUGGAAGUGCCUUAAACGAGGAUGAUGAUAUUUCACUUCUGGAUCGCAUGACACCAUUUUCGGAUUAUUCCAGUCGCGCACCGAGUACAAGUCUCGGAUUUCGUCUUGAGGAUUUAAAGUUAGAUGAUCUUCGAAUUGAGGAAGAGGAUAUUGAAAGUUUGUUAGCUUCGGCACAAUCUGCCCCUUCUGCCUUCACCAAGGUGCGACGACAAACCCCCGUCAGUCUUCCGUCUAAGUCGCCAAACCUAGUCAGCCCCCGUCCGUUCAGUGUUGCCAGCGACACAGGAGACCUGGACAGCACACUUGAGGUAACCAAGCGAGUUCAAUUAAAGACGAAACCCAGUAAUAUUAAAAAGAAUCGACGUUUAUCUGACGACAAGGACAAACAACUCCAACGGAAAGUCUCCGAUCUUCAAACACAAACCCAGCGCCUCGAACGCAAGAUAGCCCUUAUCAAGACAGAAAACGACCUUCUGAAAAAGAAGCAAGAUGACCAACGCCCUAUGGAAGAAAAGGUUAAAGUGUUGAAGAAGAGGAAUGCAGAACUGGCAGCCAUCGCUCGGAGACUAGAGGAGAAAGCGAAACACCUUCAGCAGGAAAACAUGAAGAAAAUACGUGACGAAACAGGCCAGCAUGACUCGGAGUACCUGAAGAAGAUGUUUGCGCGACAGCGAGCGAAGGACCUUGCCGAGCAUGCAAAGGCGAUGUUAUCCAAAGACCGCGAGAUCGAGGACCUACGCAAAAAGUGCCAGGAACUCGCGGAUGCCCUCAGCAACAACGAUUUCCUCGGACCGGAGGUAAGACGUCAAGUUCCAUUUCGUCUGAAAGGAAUUAAGGGUGCUCAGGCCGAAGCGAAGAAACUCAAAGAAUUGGAGGUGACCAAUGAAGCAUUGGAAAAAGAGAUCUCCCGACUUGAAAAGGCCAAAUCCGAAACGGAACGUCUGGAAGUAGAGCUUGCUCAGAAGAAGAUAGAGUGUGAAACAUUAUCGGAAGAGAUACGACUAGAAAAAAUCAAAACAACGCAUCUGGAAACUGUGGUGCAAGAGAGUGCCAGUCAAAACACACAGCUUACAAUACAAGUUUCUGACUUACAGCAUCGACUACUCCAGCUAGAGAAGGUUAACGAAGAAUGCAAUGUGUUACGCCUGAAUCUCACGGAAGCACAGCACGAAUGUGAUAUUGCUAGAAAUGAACGAAAUACUCUCACAACCAAAGUGCAUGACCUUGAAAGUAUUGUCAAGACGUUACAAAAAUCCGCUGAUAAGUUGACAAAUUUAGAGAAUGAUUACCAAACGACAAAGCAGCGACUCCACGAAAAACAGUCUGAAAUCCUUAGUCUUCAGAAGGACCAGGACAGUAAAUCCAAAGACAAUGAAGAGGUUGUGACCUCCUUACAGAAUAAAAUUGAAGAGCUCCGAGAAACCUGUCAUAAACAAGAACAACAACAUAAGGAGAUUACACAGGAACUCAAAACACUACAAGCUGCAGCCAGUCAGCACCCCCUGGUGGACAACUGGGCACACAUAUCACAUCCAGGAGGAGAUAACUCAGAGAAGAAACUUAACAAUAACUCCCUUAACUCAUCAGGCAGUCCUGUACAUGAACAUUUUCAUCCAAUAAACAUAAGUUCUCAAGAAUCGUUACCAGGGAAACUAGUAAAUGGAAGUGAUAAUACGCAGGUGGACUCCACAAAGUCGUUGGAUACAGGUUUUGCGGACGACGAUACUGUUGAAUUAGAAAAUUCCAAUGAACCCUCCCCUGACCAGGCCCAACCCCCUCCAGGGCCCUACGAGGACCCUGAACUUUACGAAAUAGCUAAAAAACUUACUGAACUGGAAGCCGCCGACUCUGAGGAGGAAAAUUUACCCACGGAAGAAAAGGGAGACGACUCCGGUAUGGAAAGUAAUCGAGAGAUGAGGGUCAAACCCAUGGAAAAUGGCCACUCGGGUGAAGAGAGCCGCAGGUCAGCACUGGGCAAGAAGGGACCCUUACAAGUGUACAUUGCCAAAUAUAGCUAUGACCCCUUCCAGCACUCGCCCAAUGAAAACCCUGAUGCAGAACUUUCAAUCAAUACCGGUGAUUACCUCCUAGUUUACGGGGAAAUGGACGAGGAUGCCUUUUACGACGGUGAACUGAUUGAUGGACGGAGAGGAUUGGUACCGUCAAACUUCAUAGAGAAAGUCAAGGAUGAAGACCUUCCAGAGUUCCACGCUGCCAUGGCUGGCUUCGCCCAUCACGAGGAGGACAGCAAUGCUCCAAGCAGCAUACAGCAGGACCUUGACUUCGACAGCAGCGAGGAAACCGACGAUAAACCUCUACCUGUAAUAACAGCCUUGCGGGACCACAAAAACAUCACCGCACCACAACCCCAUCCUCACAAUGACCUUGAUGAUAUCGAGUCUGAAAUCGCCAGUCGAAGUCUGCCAACGAUUGCCAAAGUCGAGUCCCCCGACGCUAAACCUGGAAUCCCAUGUCCACAAAAACUGACCCUUGACCGACAGCUGACCAGUAGUAUAUUAAUCAGCUGGCGGCCACCCCCAGAGGACGUUCUGGUCAAAUCAUAUCAUGUUUACGUUGACGGAGAUUUCAAGGCCAUUGUCAAGAGUAAUGAGCGGACGAAAGCGUUAGUGGAGAAUGUUGAUUCUCGAACUGUCCAUCGUGUCAGUGUCCGGUGUCUGACCAGUAGUGGUCAAUCCACUGACCAGCAGUGUACAUUACUUGUAGGCAAAGAUGCAGUGCCCUUACCUAGUCAGCUGACUGUUAGUGACAUCACACCUAAUUCAGCUACAAUAUCAUGGUUGCCAGGCAACAGUAACUAUCAGCAUACCCUUUCCAUAAAUGGUCGUGAGGCACGCGUGGUUAAACCCAGUGUCUUUAGUUACACCAUCACAGGUCUUGUUUCUGACACGGAUCACAAUGUUGUGGUGUCCGCCCAAAGUCUGACUGGAGAAAACAAGGGAGAUAACCUGUCUGCCAGCAUAGGAUUCAGGACACCGGCUGGAGGUCUUCCGGAACCUCCAAUCAAUAUCCAGGUUGAGGCUGGACCGCAGGAAGGAACUCUUCUAUUGACCUGGUUACCAGUGACGAUAGACACAUCAGGGUUCUCUAACGGUGCCAUGGUAACGGGAUAUGUUGUGUAUGCAGACGGACGUCGGACAAAGGAGGCCUUAGGUCCUACUAAUGACCACAUUAUUCUUAGUGCUAACGAUUUCCUAGGGUUUAUCCCUAAACAGCUGUUGGUUCGGACGGUCACCAGAGAUGGUCAAGAGUCUGCCGAGUCCCAGCUGGUCAGACUGCCUCAGACCCUUAUAAGGGAAAUCACUGCUGGCGCUGCCAAGUCCAUAGCCACAGAGGCUUUGGUUAAAGUCUCCGACAGCCAACAGAGGUCACAUGUUGAGAGAACGUUGGAGACGGACCCCGGGUUGAUGUUCCGCGAGCUCCCACAGGAACAGGAAGCUGCUGUGACCUUGAUGCUUAACACUGGUCAAGUGGGUUGUCAUGACGAUGUGUAUAGUGAAACUAGCAGCAGUUCCGAACUCUCCGAUAUUCCGGAGGUGGAGGAGGAGGACACGGCCAGUCACGCGUCAGUUCACAUUCAUCGAAGUCCCUCAUUGGAUGAUCGUUUAAGGUCACAUGCAAAGGUGACUGAAAAUACAGAAGUAUUACCGACUUCAUCUAGUGGAUACAAAUCUCCGACAAGUAAACAAGGGGAGACAACUGUACCUAUUGUGAUACAUACCCCUCAGAGAGUUGUUCCUGCCAUAGAAAUCACACGAGACAGUAGUAGUGAAAGAGGAAAUUCUGUAUCGGAGGAUGAAGCGACAUCUCCGACAAAGUUCCAGAGAAAUAGUGCUGUAAAAAGUGAUUCACCAACGUCACGUUCUCUUCCCUCACGUAACUCUCCGUCUCAUAACAACAAAGACAGACUUCCUGGAUACACGGAAAAUUCGGAUGGAAGGGAUGAUGUUCGGGAAACAGGGAAAGUGAGACAGCAAGUGGAUUUGUUUAACAAACUCCAAAAUAAUCAAACAGAGGAGAGUUCGAAUGAACGUGUAUCAUUAACAGGUGUCAAAGUGGAAAAUGAUUUACGAGAAAAUUCACUUAAGUUAAAUCUUGAUAAUCGGACUAGUCCUCAAGACGUUUUAAAUAGUCCUGUGACUCUUGUGAAUGGCAAGUCUUUUGCUGAUCAAGAUUCAAAUGCUAAUGAGCUGUUAUCAAAUGACCUUUCACCUUCAGGGCGCCGGCAUCCCGAAGUGCCGUGUCUGGAUUUAAAUGAAAUGAGUGUGGACGAAAGUGCGGAGGUGGAUUCUAUCAGUGGCGAGAUAAAUCCACCCGUGGAAGACACACGCAUCCGAUUAUUUGUGGCUCUCUUUGAUUAUGAUCCAAUUAGCAUGUCGCCGAACGUGGAUUGUAUCGACGAAGAGUUACCAUUUAAAGAAGGACAGAUCAUCAAGAUCUUCGGAGACAAGGACCAGGACGGAUUUUAUCGUGGGGAGUGUAACAAUAGCGUGGGCUUCGUACCUUGUAACAUGGUGUCCGAGAUACAGGUGGAUGACGCAGACCUGGCAGAACAACUCCUUAAGGAGAGCCAAGAAGCCUUCAGCAUGAAUUCUCAUCUGUCAGUGGGGUCCGACUCCCAGAACUUCAACAAGUCUGUAGAGAGUCUGGAGACGAUAGAACAGAAUGGUCUACCGGUGCCCUUGUCUCCCACCACAAGUAGACGCAUGGUUGCUCUCUAUGACUACGACCCGCAGGAACUCUCACCAAACGUCGACAGUGAGGUGGAGCUGCCAUUUCGUAUUGGAGACAUUCUGUACAUCUACGGGGAUAUGGAUGACGAUGGAUUCUUCAUGGGUGAACUGAACGGCCAUCGUGGACUUGUACCAUCCAACUUCCUCCAAGAGGCACCUCUCCAGGAGGAAGACCCGCAUGAGGCAACAAGCAUUGUCUCCCCUGCCAGGUCAGGCGAAAGUCUCAACCACAUUACGGGGUCGCACCAGUCUGACCUCGGACUAGACAAAACGUCAAACGUGGGACCGAGCCCGACAGUGGAACCCGUACAACCUGAUUGGGUAGAGAGUACCACACGUAAUCACACACCCACCCGUUCUCGGUCAGUUACACCAGAUGAAAUUCGCCAAAAGAAGAAGAGCACGGGAGGAAUUCUUUCAAAAGGCAAAAACAUUUUCAAAAAACUAACACGAUAGACGAGUCAACAAAAAGAAGACAAACAGAUUAUCGUAAAUCAUUGCCACAAGAAGCCAACUACGUACUGGACGGAUAUUCUGCGAGUGCAAAUGAUAAACGUUUUCAAAAUGAAAUGUAUACCUAGUAGAUAUGUUUGUGUAGUUGUAUAGGCUUACUCGUGGUCUUGAGUCCUAUAGAGAAAAUGAUAUUAGAAUGAGAAACAGAAGGUCGUCUGCUUACUGCUUUGUAUUGGAUCAGCAGUGUCGUAUGGAAUAUUAGAAGACACUGAAUGAAAUUCAGGUUUUCUGUAAUGACAUGCCAAAGACAUGACGAUAAAAGGCAAUAAAAUUGCGUACUUGUGUGAGGAAAGUGUAUUUGAAAAACAUCUAAACAUCCGGGUAACAUUUUCUACCAUGACCUUUGCAAGGACGUGUAUUACGUUUAAUAUUUUGACUGGAAAAAACGCUAUGUCACGUCUGACCAGGAAGUCAUCAAAUUGGAACAGAAGUUGUGGCAUGAAAAAGAAACUUGGAUGUUUAUUCAAACUUUGACUUUUAGUUAGAAAUACGCUGCUGCCUCACCUGUUAUUAUUGAAACACACACUGACAUGCCAGAUCUCCCGGUAUGGCUGUGCAGUUAGAUAUAUACUAUCACGUGAAUUGCGUUGUCUUUGACCUCUGACCUUCUGUCUUGUCAUUUUGUCCACUGAACGUCUGUGAUAGAAACAUCUCCGUGUCUUUAUAUCAUUUUUGUUUUUAUUUUAUUUCCUUACAGAAUUUUCGAGAAGUUAUAAUAUUUCAAUUCAGGUUUCAUUUACGUACGCACAUAUAAACCUCACGGAAAAAAAUAUUAUAUAUGUGAAAUCUCGCGAACAAAGAAUAAGAGCAUUUGAAAAGCCAACUUCACGUAUUUAACGCCUAGAAUCUCUUUAAUCAAAUAUCUCUAAAUGAAGUGUUUGGAAUAAAAUCAAUUGUUUAAUUAAGUAAACUACUAAUUGGUAUUUAAAUGUGUGUUUAUCAGGUAUUUUAGUGAGGGAAAGAUAAAUUAAACUGACAUGCGACGUAGUUGUGAAGAGAAUAGUUUUACUCAUUCACCCCUGGAAUUUCAUAAUAAACUAUUCCAUCCUUUGAAUUGAAAGGGUUCAAAUGUGGUCUUCAGGGGUGAAUGAGUUAAGUGAGUUCUCUAAUCGACCUUAGUCUGUAAUAUGUGUAUGUUAGACUAUUUCAUUACAGCCUGUUGCACAAUGGAAAUAUGAUAACAGUAAUGAUGAAAUAUAUAUAUAUAAACGAUGUAAUAUAUGGUUGUAUUCAAAAAGAGCAUUUUUUGUGUUUUUGUGCUAAAAUUGCGUUUCUGUUAGAUGUAAAUUAAAAGCAAUAUAAUUCCAUGUUAGAAUGAGAUCAAAACUACAUUCCAUUAGUAUUGUUGUUGUUUUUAUAUAUUUAAUUGCACCAGAUAUCUUUCAGCAUUAUUAGCAUCAUAGAUUAUAUUGCAAUGGUAACGCAUUAUGUUGCCAUGUUGUCGUGUUUCCAAUGGUUACAAGACCUUGUCAAGCAUUUGCUAUCGCACACAAUUUCUGUAUGGUAAUUAAAUGUAAUAAUAGAAUGUGUUAUGAACAUUGUCCUUCCUACGACAAACAUUGUGACAUGCUUCCGUUUGUGUUGGAAACGUUGGGGAAAUAUGACAAAUACAUACAUACCAUUGUCAUGUUCCUAUUUUGUGACUUUUUGUCAGUUAAGGUUAGUGCCAUGGUUACCCAAUGUAUUACCCGUACUGUUGUAGUUCUUCAAUGGUGUGAAGUGGUGUUUCGGAUGGUAGAUAUUAUUUCACUUUUGAUAUUCUGUAUAGAUAAAUAUGUUGUUCAUAUUAUUAUUAUUUAUUCAUUUCUGUCAAGUGACGUAACAUCUUGCCACAACCGUUAUCACAUACAUCGUACAUGUUGACCUUGACAAUUAUUCCUUACCUGAAAGUUGAUGAUUCUAUAGCUUGUGACCACAACAUACAGUUGAACGUUUAACUGACGCUAAAUCAUAUUUUAAUAUGGGGUUUCAUCAUUAGUUAUAACAUUUAUCACCAAAAACAAUUAAGGACAGAGAAAAAUGGAAACUGAUACCUAGCAUAGUAUAUUGAUUAUUUAUAUGACACUUUAAAUAUAGCUCUAAUUCACCUUGGCUAAACACUUUAAUUUGAGUGACGAGUAUUUUGUGUUAGCAGUUCCAAUCAAAUAAAAUAUACGUUGAAGUUAUAUCUAGGGUGUAGGAUUGUGCAUGGUUUAAAACGUUUUAACAUACAUGGAACCUAUCUACAGUGUUAAAAAUAAUCUAACUUCUGAGUGGUAUUCGGUUUAUGUUAAUACAACUGAUCGAAAGUUUGUGGAAGAUAACGGUAUUAAUUUUAACGCACAAAUGAAGCAUACAUAUCAUUAUUUGUACCUAAAUACAUUUCAGAAGAAAAAACAGUUUACACUGUAUGAAGCAUGUAUUUACGCCUUUGAUUCCAAAAUGAAACUGAAUUUUACAAAUGUCCAUUGGGAACCAUGUUUAAUGUGUUAAAUCGUUUAUGGAUAACAUUCCAUUCCUUUAAAUAGAGCGCUGAGUUACUAAUUCAUGGGUUGCUUUUAAUUUUGUUUUAUUUAACAUUUAUUAUAACUUAUUUUGGACGAUGUGUAUUUUUAUGUGUGUACGCAGGGGACGGUAUCAACACCCUCUAAUAUACGAUGAAUAGGAGAUUAUUACAGACAUCUGUUUUUGAGAUCGAACAAAAGAUAUAAGUAUGUUUAUCCAUCCCUGUACGUUUUGAAAUAACAUCAAGCUUUUCGCAAAGUUGUGUUUUCCUGAAUACAAUCUAGUUCGCUUCAAAAAUAUAGAGCAUAUACCAUAUUUAAUGAAAAUGUUACAUAAGCCACUGACAUUGUAUUUAAUUAGUUUCAGACAUUGUAGAAUGUCUAGCGUUGCCCCUUUAAUGUGCUAAAGCCAGUAUCCUUUUGUUUUUUCAUUUGUGAAGUGCCCUUGUUGUAUUGUGAAUGGUGCUAACAUAAACUAACGGAAAAAUUAAUCAUUUUUCAUUGCGUGACAAAAUGGUAUUUAGACACAAUUUGCACAGUGUACAAAAGUUUAUAACUCUUACAGAGUGGAAUGCUAGUUCAUUUGCGUAAUCAUGUAAUAAAUAUUAUUAGAACUUGUCACCAAAUGCAUUUAGAAAAAGCUAUCGUAAAACACAUACUUUUCACAUUCGACAGUCUGUAUUUUGAUAUUACUUAAAAAUGCAUGGUUUUAGUAUUGUUACAUGACGCUUUUAGAAACAGCACACAGCCCUUUGUGUGAGACACAGUAAAUUCCGUAUUGAAUGUUUAACCGUAAGUCGUCGUGAUAAGCGCACAUGUUUCCCAAAGCUGCAACUGUGUGUAUGUGACGGAAAAUGUAUUUAUUUUGUACCCCGUUUGUACAUAGCAUAGAGGUACCGAAUCCUUGCAUGCCCUAGACAAUAUGUACAGUGAUGAUGUUGUUAAUGACAAUUUCGAUGAUUGUAUUGACAAAGAUGUGAUGUUGAUGGUGAAAGAAAAAAUGUCCAUAAAGGAUACAAAAGUAAAAAAUUAUUUUCAGAAUAUAAUUCAGGUGUCCUUGUUUUUAUUUGUUUCCGUUAAAUUUAGAACAUCAAUGCAUUUUAUGUAAAAGGAAGUGUCCUUUCGUAACAUUUAGUGUUGUUAUAAAAAAAAACAUAUCGGCACUUU